CACAUGUGACUUUGUUGGUUUACGAGGGGGGAGAACCGCCAGGGUCAUAACGAGUGCUGACCAGAAUAGAAGGAAAUAUCAGCUUGCGAGAGAGUGCGAGGAAUGUUUGAAGAUAGGAAGAAGCAGUACGUAAAUACACUGUGAGGAAAUGCAGACAUUUCAUGUGCUGUUCCUGACCCUGGGAUACUUCCUGGUAGUCAAUGCCCAGUCCUUCCACCUUGGGCGAUGCCCCAUACCCCCCGUUCAACAGAACUUUGAUAUUGCCAAGUACAUGGGCAGGUGGUACGAGAUCCAGAAACUCCCAGCGGUCUUUGAGUUUGGAACUUGUAACCAGGCUACCUACACCUUGUUACCUGAAGGCGUUGUCAAGGUUGUGAAUGCAGAGCUCCUGUCAAAUGGCAUGGAGAAUAGCAUUGAGGGCACAGCAACGGUGAAGAAUUCCUCACAGCCUGCCAUUUUGGAAGUCAGUUUCUUUGAAGGUGCAUCCAGCGCCCCCUAUUGGGUGCUGUCCACAGAUUAUGAAAGCUACACCCUGAUCUACGCCUGCACCAACUACCUUGGCUUUUUCUAUGUGGACUUUGCCUGGAUCAUGAGCAGGUCCCGCACCCUGCAGGAGGAGACUAUCACAGAGUUGCACAACUUGCUCACCUCGAAUGGCAUCGACAUCAAGAGGAUGACGGUCACUGACCAGACCGGCUGCACAGCCAUGACACAGGAAGGGGUCUCUGUCACUGCAGAGUGAAGUGGGUUAUUCUGUGCACUCCCCCCAUCCCCGACAUUACUGUGAAUACCUGGUGUUAGUCACCAGAGCCUGGGCUCAGUUUAAACAUUUUCUUCCCCAUUCUGACAUUUGGUCUGAAGAACAGCUGAACCUCUUGACCAUGUCUGCAUGCUUGUAUGCAUUUAAGUUAAGGCUUGGGGUUGAUUUGGAUCAUUUUGAAGCAUCGGACAAUGUUAUGCAUAUUUUUAUGGAGGAAAUUGCUAAUGAAAGCUUACAUUGUUGACAGGAGUACUUAGUGUUUGGUAAUUUGUUUAAAGACAACAUUUUCCUUUGCCAUGU